AUGGCAACGUUAGACUUGAACUUGCCGGCCGGGCUGCCUCCCGAUGGUGUCACACCGAAUUUCGAAAAUCCUCCCAACAACAAUGCACUGGCUUGGGGCGUUCUACUCCUCUGCCAGGUGAUAUCUACCAUUUGCCUGGUGCUUCGCGGUUAUGCGCGAGUGUUCCUAUUGAGAAAGUUCAAUGCCGAAGAAGCAUUCUGGGGAUGUAGUUAUGCUAUGUUCAAGAUUAUCGAAGUUCCCGGCUUUUUCGUUCACCAAUGGGAUGUGCUUUUACGUGAUGUCAUUCCAAUGAACUACAAUGUGUACAUUUACGGCCAAUGCUAUUCCUUCGCGAUGCCGUUUUUGAAGAUAGCAAUUCUCAUCGAGUGGAUAAAUAUCUUCGUGCCGGGAGGGUUUGACCGAAGAAGCAUCUUCUUCUGGGGUUGUAGCUUCAUGAUAUUUAUCCAAGCUGCUGCACUCGUCGGAAUUGUACUGGCUUUGAAUCUUCAGUGUAGACCUCACAGGGCCAUCUGGGAUAUUCGAGUUCAAGGAGACUGUUUUGCAAUUAGCAAGAUACAAAUCAGUUCUGGGAUCAUCUUCUUGAUCUCUGAUAUUGUUAUCUUGCUACUGCCACAGCAUAUUAUAUGGAAACUCAAGUUGAAGACGUCCAAGAAAAUUGGUGUGUCGAUUGUUUUCGGCCUUGGUCUACUUGCGUGCGUAUGUGCCGCGGUCAGAUUAAGCGAUACGAUGAAACUUGUCCACAAUACCAACGACGCGGUCUAUUUUAUCGGUGUUGUGGGCUUCUGGGCGUUUGCCGAGAUGACUUGCGGGUUCUUCAUUUGUUGUCUUCCUUGUAUACCCAAAAUCCUUCAUGACACCGGCGUCCUGCGUUCUAUAAAGCGGAAACUGGGUAUGAACACGGGUACCACCGCCCCCAGCUCUGCGAAUAGGUAUGGCACCAAUGGUUCAUCCAGCCGAAGGAAUUACGAGGCCAACCAUUCAACGUCGUACUACAAGUUGGAUGAAGAUGGUGUGCCUAUGACAACCAUUGGGGGUACGCAAUCGACAGAAUAUUUACACGGGGGCCAAAACGGGAGCGACAUUAACCAACCGACACUCCCCUCCAACACACGAGGUGCUCACUCUACGGUGGAUAAAGCCUCUUCCUCCAAGGCAUGGCGACCAUGA